AAUGAUUAAUUGGUAAUUUUUUAGGCAAUAGUAACUCACUUAUAGAGGAGAUCUGGAAUGGAUCUUUGAGAAACGCAAUAGCAGUGCAUCCAGCAAAGAAUAACAAUGUCUCACGUGGAUAAUAACUGUCGCGCAAAACUUAGUGGAUAAAAGAUGAAACAAAAGUUCUUAAAUGGGAGAAGGGUAAUAUAUAGGAGGUCCUCUAAAUAUAAGAAGUUACUAGAAGGAUAUGUGUGUGAACUGUGAAGAAAAGGAAACCAGUUGCAUUUGAAAAAUUUGGAAGCCACUAAUAAAUAGUAACUCAAAAUUUUGACUUUUAUAUAUUAAUUAAUUAAUAUAUUAAAUAAUAAUUUUUACACCUUUUUUACUCACUGCUUUCACCAAAUGCUAUUAUAGCCCAAUGGCAACCUUUUUUUUUUUAUUCUGACACAUAGAUAAUGCAUUACGUGAGGAGGUCAGAACAUGUGAAGAAAUAGUUGCUCUAAAUAAUUAGAGUUUGUUGGAAGAAAUUUAAUUAUAAAUUUUAUAAACAUAUCUCUCAAACUUAAGCCAGUCAUAUUGUAUUAGAGUUUUUAUAUAUAAAAAAAAUUGUAUUAGAGUUUGGGCCAUCUGGUUGAGAAUCUUGACAUGGUUUAGAACUUUCUAUGACCGGUAGCUAAUUUGUUCUAGUUCUACAACCUCGUUCUCGGGUUGUGCAAACUUCAAACUCAUAUAAGUAGCUUGAGUUUAAGGGACAUGUUAGUAUGUAGUAUAAGAUUGAUCAUUAAACCUCUCCCAAUAAUUAUAGUGCGUUUGGAUUGGUGUAUUUCAAAUGUAAAGUAUUUGAAAUACAUGUAUUUAAAAUGCAUGCAUUUGAAAUACUAGCAUGUGAAAUACAUGUAAUUCAAAUUUGUCGUUUGGAUACUUAUUUGUAUUUGUUCUAUUUCAAAUUUUGUGAUUUUUCAUUUUUAUUUUGAAUUUUCUAAGCACUUAUUAUAAUUUUUGGUAAAUUUAAUUUUUCCUAUAGUUUAGUACCUAAACUUAUAACAUUUUACAAAGAAGUCCAGAAAUUUUGAUGGUGAAAUUAUGUCUUGGUACCUUUAUAUGUUUUUCCUAACACUAGAGUACCUAAACUUUUUAAAUUUUAACAAAUAGGUCCAAUCUUUUGGUAGGAGGAGGUAUUUUUAGAUCACUAGUUGUUGAAAUGUAUUUGAAGUUGACAAGUAAUACACAAGACAUAUAUUUGGAAAAUACCCCAUGAAUUUGACACAUCCAAAUACCAAACGUAAUGAAUAUCCCAACAAAUUAUUUGACAAUAGGAAAUCUAAAUCACAAAUACCAAAUCCAAAUCAUUAUAUACAAACACACUUUUAAAGUUAGUUGGAAUUUAACAUGAUAUUAAAACCUUAUAUAAUCGAUAGGUGUUACGUUAGAAUCUCCUAAGUACAUAGUGAUUUUCAAUGAGAGAGACAACUUGGGGAUGGAAUCUGCUGAAAGCCGGAUGCGGCAUCGAUGAUUCCGCUUUACGUACGUUGAGAUAGAUGAGACCAAUCAGCUAGCUAGGCCGAUCCAUCCCAUUCCUAAGAUAUAUAAUAUUAUUCAAGCAACAAAAUUCAUCCUCUCACAUUAAUAUAAAGCUAGCCCGUUUCCACUCAGAACACAUAUUAAGUUGCUAACACGAGAGAGAGAGAGAGAGAGAGAGAGAGAGAGAGAGAGAGAGAGAGAGAUGGGCGUACAGGUUGGUCGCUUGGAUGCUCGAAUGGCCACAGUGAUGAUGUCGUCGCUAAUUCUGACAAUGAUCAACGGAUGCUUCGACGGCGGUGUAAUCAUCAUCUCUGCUGAAGCUGCCCUCGAUCCUAUGUGCGCUGCUUCCAACGAAUGGUUCUGUAGUCCGACCGACCUCGGUAUCUCAGGCUCGCUGGAGUCAGUAUUAUCGUUACUCGUCAUCCAGUUGGAGUGCGAGCCGAUGUACAACAAUUAUCAGUCAUCUCGAAAACUAGUCGCCUACAUGCAUUCUUCUUGUGCUGAUGCCAGUGAUCCCAACUGCGCUGAUUGCUUGUACAGAGCGACUCAAAUAAUGCGCGAGUAUUGCCCGGGCAAAGAUGGAGCUCAGUACGGGACGGAAGAGUGUUGUGCUCGAUACGAGAAGAACAAGUUUUGUUGAGCUUAAUUAACUAAUUAAGAAAUGCUGUUGUGUAUGUUGUCCGAAUAAAGUUACCUGCCGUCAUGGUUUUGUAGGCUUCUCAUAGAUAUAUGUAACGGGGAAAGAGAUAAUACACGGUAUAAAAUAAAACUAGAGUUAUUAAUUCCACGAUGAGAUCUUAAUCCGGUGAUGUUUUACGAUGGGUUUUGAAUCUAAUUGGCCGAGUUUGGCCAAGUGUCAUCAGGCUGUUGAACGAGACCGAGCUGUUAUGGAAGUAAGCACCUUUGGUGUCCGAGUGUUAACACCUUUGGUGGCCAAGUGUCAUUAAGGAUAAACAUGUUAUUUAAUAUAAAAUUAAUUAUUUUUAUUUUCACCGAAUGUUAACAAUCACAGUUACCAAACAAUAAAAAUUUUAAAAUAUAUUUAAACAAUACAAAGAAUUAGAAUCUUUAGAUUGUUGACAAUUUAUAGAUUUAAACUCAUAUUCUCCAAACGACCCCUUAUUCUCGUAGCUGAUUCUCCUAAUUAGAGAAGGGAGGCUUCUUCAAUAUUCCUCAAUAUUAUCACCAUCGUCAAACUUAGGAUGGUUAACAAUCCAAAUAUUUAACUCUUCUAUUGUUAAACUGUGAUUGUAAGAAAUAACAAUAAAUUUUUUAAUUUUAUCUAAAAUAAUAUAUUUAUUCAUAAUAAAAAAUUAGAAUGGUUCGAGAAAUAUUGACUAUUUAUUUAUAAUUAUAUUUAGUGGGAUAGAUAAAUAAAUAAAAAGGAAGAGAUAAAGUGAUUUAAUCUUGAUAUUCUUGAAGUUACGGCUUAAUCUUGAUAAUAAAAAAAUUAGAAUGGUUGGAGCUACUUUGAUAAUACGGCUUAAUCUUGAUAUUCCUGAAGUGAUUUAAUUUCAUUUAAGGUAACAUUCUUACGAAGUUGAAAAUUAUUUCUUUUCGAAAUCUAAAAAUGCACCUUAAUUUUUUUAUGAUAAAAGAAUGAGAUCCAGCUCAUAUGGUUGCUUGAGAAAAUACUACUCAAGAUCCCUACUAUUACAUUACAAAAACUUAAUGAAUUGAAGCUUUGGAAGUAUGUGAAUGAGGCAAUAUUAAUUUGAAUAUAAUGAUUGGUUAAGAUCGAAAACCUUCUUUUUUCUUUAGAGGCUGAAUUUUAUCCAAUUCUUAAUUAACAUAAUUGGUUUGGAUAAAUUAAAUUGAAACAAAUCAAGCUCCGGUUAAAAGGUGGGUACUUUGUUGAUAUCAUCCGAGUUCGAGGUUUCUCUUCUGAUUUAGAUCAUAUAUAGUGGUAUCAGAGUCCGGUUCAAACUCAGCGGCAAUUUUAAGAUCUCCGAUUCAAAAUCAGCAACAAGGAGAAGAUCUUAUCAAGCAAUGGCAGCAGAGCUAGAGCACGACAAUAUGAUCUAUACUCGUUGUUGGUUUAAGAGAACACAUGUGUUCUCUGGUUAUUGAUGGAGAGAUCAAAUCCAAUUUGAUCAGUUCAAGGGCAGUAGCUAAGGGGUCGUUUGGUUUUGGUGAUUGUUAAAUAGAAGCAUUGUCAUCAA